AUGCACACUGAAAAGAAUGUUGCCGAGGCACUUUGGGCAACAAUCAUGGACAUUCCUGACAAGUCAAAGGACAACGUUAAGGCUAGAGUGGAUCUGGCAACGAUAUGCGAUAGACCAAACCAACAUAUGAAGCCUCCUAGUCGCGGCAAGACAUGGAGAAGGCCUAAGGCCGAUUUUGUCUUGAGCAAGCCUCAAAGGAGGGAAGUACUAGAAUGGAUCCAGACGUUAAUGUUCCCUGAUGGGUAUGCAGCUAAUCUGAGGAGGGGAGUGAACUUAUCUACUAUGCGAGUCUUAGGGAUGAAGAGUCAUGACUACCACAUAUGGAUUGAGCGGCUUCUUCCGGCGAUGGUUCGGGGCUAUGUCCCUGAGCAUGUCUGGCUAGUGCUAGCAGAGUUGAGCUAUUUCUUUCGCCAGCUUUGUGCCAAGGAGUUAUCUCGGACCGUGAUUGCUGACUUGGAAAGAAUGGCACCUGUGUUGCUCUGUAAGUUGGAGAAGAUCUUUCCACCCGGCUUCUUCAAUCCGAUGCAGCAUUUGAUUUUGCACCUCCCGUACGAGGCACGAAUGGGGGGGCCCGUGCAGGGCCGUUGGUGCUAUCCAAUCGAGAGAUGUCUAAAGGUUCUUCGAAAGAAAUGUAGAAAUAAAUGCAAAAUCGAGGCUUCCAUUGCAGAGGCAUACAUUCUGGAGGAGGUGGCGAACUUCACAACAACAUACUAUGGUGACAACCUCCCUAGCGUGCAUAAUCCACCCCCUCGUUACAGUGCUGGCGAAAAUGAAUCGAACCUCAGCCUUUUCCGAGGGCAACUCGGAAGCGCAAGUGCAUCAACCCCCAAGACCUUGAAUCAUGAAGAGUGGCGCCAUAUCAUGCUAUACGUGUUGACCAACCUUGACGAAGUGGCGCCGUACAUGCAGGAAUUUCUUCAUGAAUUCUGGCGUAAAUCAAGGGAUCCUACCCCGCAGCAGGUAGAUACCCUUCUUAGACAGGGUGCGGGUAAUGGAAUGCCUGAUUUCAUUUCUUGGUUCAAACGGAAGACAACUUGCGAGAAAACAGAAUCUCGCGUCGCUGGUGUCGGCGCUUACGCGGCUCUAUCGUAA